UAGUCCUGCCAGAGGGGAGUAAAUUUAUAACCUUUAAAAGGGGGGUAUCAGACCAGGGAAGGGUUAGAGUCAUUCAACAGGCAGGAAACUUCAAGUGGGCAUUGUUGAACAUCAUUACCUGUGACUUAAAAACGGAUAUGAAGGGACUGAGAAGGCCAACAGCUUAUGCGCUGACACUGCUUUUGGCAGCUUCAUGUAUAGCCAGCACUUGGGCUAUUCCUCAGGGCCAUUUCCAGAGAAGAAACUGGACUCCACAGGCUAUGCUGUAUUUAAAGGGUGCACAGGGACGUCGUUUCAUAUCAGAUGACAGAAAAGAAGGAGAUGGAGAAAUUUAUGACAGACUACAGCUGGAGACACGCAGCCACAGUUCAGAUCCUAUCUCCUUUUCAGAAGCUGCUGCCAUGCUGAUUGACUUUAUCAGACAGGCACAAGAAGGAGUUGAAGCUGAUGAAACUGACCAGUUUGGUUCUUUGCACAAUAUCCUAAACUGGAGGAAACAGCUGUUCUGAAAGUCCAUGAAGUAAACGUGUUUGCAUAAUAAAAAAGACUAUGCUGAGCUGGGAUUAUGGCAAAAUGGAUAUCAUGCACUCUGGGGUAUUCAUGAAAUGAGCUUGCAGAUCAUGCCCUGUUUUCAGUGCAAAGUCAGUUUCAAUAUUAUUUUUAUAACCAAAACAUGGCCCCAUAUUCCAUAUACAGGGCAGUUCAUCUAACUUGUCUGAUCAAGAGUUCAGUACUGCUAGCAGGACAUUUUCCUUUUGUUCGGUUUGCAGAUUAAUAAAUGAGUAAAAUUAAUGGUCAUUGCACUAGUAGUUACAAUGAUGGAAUUGUGUGUGUUGUUUUGUAUAAUAAAAUAUAUGGCUCAGUAUAAUUUUUUUCUGAAUGCACAUUGACAUAAAAGAGCAUUUCAUUUUAUUGUAUCUAGAGUGUUUAUAUGUAUUAAACUAUUUGCUAGAAUGUAAAUCUUUAAAAAAUAAAUAAAAAAAUUGUAUUUAAAAGAC